AUGGACGCCUUCACGCCCAGCAUGUCCGAGCGGUCCCUCCAACCACGCGAAUCACCGCCAAACCUGCGCAACGAGAACGAAACGGAGAUAUCGUACCUGAGCAAUUUGAUAGAAAGUACCUCAUCUCCCUCCCACCAAACACACCCCCAUGCUAAAUCGUCAGCACUCGCCUGGAUUCUCUUCCCAGCCAAGCACCCCACCUGCGUGCUAGGUCGUCAUCCCAAACCACCCGAUAGCGAGAGUAAAUUCUGCGCGUCGCUGUACAGCAUGGGGAAGGGUGGGGUUAAGUGUUUGGAUAUUGGGCCUGAGAUGGGGGAGUCGAGAUGCAAAGUGUUGGGGAAACUGCUGGUUCUUGUUGAGGUGGAGGUUGGGCGGAUGAUGUUGAAGGAUGCUAGGAGGGCGGGGGGUGGGGGGUGA